GUGCAUCAGGCUAAACUGCUUUCAGGCCAAAGAUCCACUCUUGGACCAAGCAUGCAUGGCGAGCAACGUGGACUUUCAGAGCCUCGGUUUGCCCAAAGAGAUGACCAUCUGGGUUGACCCCUUUGAUGUCUGUUGCAGAUACGGCGAGAAAAACCCAGCGUUCACCGUGGCUCACUUCACAGGCCAAGAGGAUGACUACGACGUCUCUCAGGGCAUCCGGCAGGCGGUGGAGAAGGCCUCCUCCUCCUCCUCCACCACCUCCGAUUAUCACUCCGGCACUUCUUCUGAGGAGGAUGGCACCACCAGGGAACCCAAAAGCAUCCCAACUGUUAGCAAUCCCAACAGCAUCUAUCAGGUGAGAUGA